AUGGCCUCACGAAAAGAAUUAUUAAAAAUCAUUGUACUCGGAGAUUACGGUGUUGGAAAGACUUCGCUUAUGGAGCAAUAUGUUAACAAUAGGUUUGGAUGUCCAUAUGUUUUAACAAUUGGAGUAGAGUUUUUAACCAAGGAGAUUAUGAUUGAAGAUACUUGUUGUUCGUUAUCAAUUUGGGAUACAGCAGGACAAGAACGAUUUCAUGCAUUGAGAUCUGCCUUUUUCAGACGCUCCGAUGCUUGUGUGUUGGUGUUUGAUACAACAAUUCAAGAAAGUUUUGAUAAUGUGAACAAUUGGAGAGAUGAAUUCUUGUUGCAAACAGGACCAUCAGAUCCUGAGAAUUUCCCAUUUGUAUUGAUUGGAAAUAAGAUUGAUUUGGAACCACAACGAACAGUGUCACAAAAACAAGCACUUGCUUGGUGUAAGAGCAAAGGAAAUAUUCCAUACUUUGGAUGCAGUGCCAAAGAUGGAACCAAUGUUGAACAUGCAUUUGUCACAGUUGCAAGAAAAGCUCUUGCAAACGCCAAAGAUUCAAAUGCUGUCACAACUGGAGGAAAUUUAGGCAAUAUUGAUGAUGAACCCACUCCAAGACCAAACACUGGAUGUGCUUGUUAA